GCGCCUCGAUUGGAUUGAUUGCGUGGUGGACUUUCAGGUCGAUGGACUAGUGUUAUCGAAGGUGCACCAACAACGCCGCCACCGCCAGCGUGAUGACGCUGGAGGCAGACGUCCUCAGCGUGGUCUUGGAAUUCGUCGACAGUCUUGAAGGUGCUCCGCCCUCAGAAGAAGUGGCGCAUGUUGUUGUGCAGGGGGGAGCAGAGUGCCGAGCAGUGUGCAGAAGCUGGCGCAUCACGGUCGAGAAGACUAUCGGACGGGUCCUGCCGCCGAUGACUCCCGUGUCGCUGGCCGCCCUGCUCGUGCCCGGCAGGCUCCGUGGCGUGCUUCUGUCCUGCCAGUAUCUGGGCCGCGAGUUCCACGAGCACGCCGCAGCCGCCGCGUUCGUUGCGCUCGUGUCGAGAGCCGACGCGGUGGCUCUUCGCCUGCGUGAGGCGGCAGCAGCAACAGCAACAGCAGGAGCAGGAGCAGCAGGCGCACCACGAGGAGUGCCAAGCCAAGGAGUGAUGGCUGAAGAAGCUGCGGGAGGCGAAGGCAUCAUCAACAACAACACGUCCUUUGUGUGCUGCCGGGUCGCCCUGAAGCGGAUCGUGAGAGAAGCCCUAGACAGCCCGGCGUUCUCGUGGUGCAGCACGCUCGGCCUGGAUGACUCAAGGCUGCUGGAGAGUUGCGUAGGAGCUUCCAGCCUCGUCAACGCGAGGUGGUUUUCGGGAUAGCCAAACCUGUUGUUCGUUGUGUCCCUUGCAUGCGCGGCGGAGCGUUUUUUUUUUUUCAA